AUGUGGCUCCGGCCGCGGGUUCGGGCCGCCGAAGCGCCGCCUGCGAAAGGCGCUCAGGCCUGCGGAACGCCUUCGCCCCUCCGGCAGCGGGACCCUCUCGGGGUUGUCGCGGGCGUCAGGGCCCCCGGCGCCGCCUCCUCCGGCGCCGCUUCCUCCGCGCCGGGAUUAUCGCCGCGCUCGGGACGGGCCCCGGGACCAUCUCUCCGCCAUUUGCCCCCGCUCCUUCCUGCCGUCACCGCGCGCGCCCCGCCCACCGCCGCCGCGGCCAAUCGCCGCGCGCCUCGCUCGGCCGCCCGCGCCGCCUCCGCGCCUGCGCCAGUCCGCGCGGUGCCCGGCGGGAGUCGUAGUUCGCGGCGCGGCGCGGGCCUCGCCGGGCCCGCGCACGGCCCCCGGAGCCGGCGGGCGGGUCCCCGCGGCGGGGCGGCCCGAGCCGGGACGGAACGGGGGAACCCCGCCCGGCGACAGCCACCGCCUCCCCGCGGCCGCCUCCGCGCGGGCUCCGCGGGGAGGCUCCGAAGGCGGGGCCAGCCGCGGGCAGCCCCCACCGGCCCCACCCCGAUGGCUCUCGGGCCCAGGUGGGUCCCGGCGCACGUCGAGGGCUCUGGGAGCAGCCCGGGCAGCCCGGCCCGUCGGCAGCUGCGGAAGGUCGGAACCUUCCCCGUGAGUUCGGGAAGGCAGCAGGCGCUGAAGCGACCCCGCGUGCACUCCAUUAAAAGUUUGCGGUGCCUCGUCCAGGGCACGCGAGCCCCUUGCGCUCUGGGCCGCCUUGACUGUACUCACAGUACUCACAGUGGGUGCGCAGCGCCCGGCCUUCACAUCCGCUCCACGGAGGAAACAUGCUCUGCGGAGAGCGCCCGCGGAACCAGCGCCGUGCGGGCUCUGAAAUUGUGGCUUUCACAUGCUCCCACUUCCACAAGCUGUUACAUCCACCCACACGCGUUAGAUUUAUGCACACCUUUGAGGCUUUAA